GGGACUGGGUGGUUUAGUGCGCCAGUACGGCUCGGCAAACUUGACUGACGCAGAAAGAAGAGUAAAGCACCAGUGAACUGUAUGUGAAAAGGCUCCUUCCGAGCUAAUUACCAUUAAGUACAUUUCUGUAGAUUUUUGCAGGGCAAAAACUAUUCACUGCUUUGCUGUUGGCUGUACUUUUAGAAAGUUCUGGGAAUUUACACCGAAACUUCCCCCUUUACCAGGAAUACACCUAAGAGAGGUCGAUCCAGCAAGUGAGACGAAACGUGGACAAGCAUCGCGCCUCAGGGGCAUUGUAAUGGCGACACACACAGACCUCCUCUUGCUCUGACACCACCCCCUGCCCCGUUCCCCGCACUGAACCCACAAGCCCUCGUCUGAGGCCCCUCCGCACCCGUCUGCCCCUGUCCCGCCCGCGGCUCCGCUCAGACCCAGGGGGUUCUAGCGAGCGGCUGCAUCAUGCCCAUCCUCAAGCAGCUGGUGUCCCACUCCAAUCAGGCCAAGCGGCGGUCGCGGGCCGACCUGACGCCCGAGAUGAUCAGCGCCCCGCUCGGGGACUUCCGCCACACCAUGCACGUGGGCCGCGGCGGCGACGCCUUCGGGGACACGUCGUUCCUCAGCACGCGGUCCGGGGAGGCCCCCCGGGAGCCCGAGCCCCGGGCCGAGUCGCCGGGCCCCAAGCCGGGCCUGCUGUCCCGGACCUUCCGCAGCAGCAAGCGCUCGCAGUCCAUCAACCGCGGGGACCGCUACGACGCCGGAGUGGCGCCCUCCGGUGGCUCGUCGGCCUACGUGAAGAACGCCAUCUCCCUGCCCUACCUGAACGAGGACGACGCCCACUUCGGCCGGCAGCUGCCCAAGAGCGUGUCGUCCAGCCCCAUGAAGCGGUCGCCCGGGUCCGACGCCUGGCCGGCCAACGGCGGCGGCAGCGGGGCGGUUGCCAUGGCGACCCUGGACCCCGACUUUGACGAGCUGAACUUCGGGGAGCUCACGGACCUGCCGCCGUCGAUGCCCCGCGGUGGCGGCGGCAUGAAGCACGCCGACUCCAUCAUGUCGUUCAACAUCGACCUGGGCCCGUCCAUGAUGGACGACAUCCUGAGCGUCAUGGAGAAGAAGGGCUGGGAGGACGACGACCUGGGCUACGAGGAGGGCAAGGGCAGCGAGGGCGGCGGCUCGCCCUCCUUCUGCGCGCCCGCCCAGCCCCAGGAGGCCAAGCGCGUGCCCGCCAGGCCCCCCCGCAGCACGCCCCUCGCGGCCGCCGGGGAGCCGUACACGCCGGAGCCCCCGGACCGGAGGAACCAGCGCCUCGACAGCUGCUCCCUGUCCAGCUCGGGCUCGGCCGGCCCGGACGACAAGACGCACGGCGCCGCGCCCGAGGGCGACACGGACAGCGCCAAGUACAGCUCGCCCCACGGGGACGACGACCGCGAGUUCUCCUUCAUGGACGACGACGACGACGACGAGAUCCGCGUUUAAGCGCCCCGGUGGGGGGGGGGGGAAGCUGCUGAUC